UUGAACAGAGUCUACUGAGCAGUGGACGAAAAUAAAUAAGGAUUAGGUUUGUUGCAGGUGUAGAGGGAAGCGGGCGCGUUCGAGAGACAAGCUGCUAAUCGCGAGGAUUAAUAAUGAAGAAGCGCAAGGGUAAACGGAAGUUGCGGGGCGAAGAGGCGGAGGAGGCGCAGCGCGAUGCCCAGCGCGAACUGCUGGCCGACGAGCUCCGUAUGGCCGACGCCAACGAUCGGCGUCAGCGCCUCGCCUGGCGUCAAAAGAUGAUCGCUAUGAAUUUGCCGAUCGUCCGCAAUGAGCUCGAGGCUGCCUGGCGCACCUUCGACCGGGCUAUCGAUGAUCGAGAUUACAGCAUCAGCGUGCUACUGGACGAAUUGAGAAUAAGCGCGGAGCAGAAAAGACGAGCCGACAUUGUGCACGCGACUGAAAUCGAUCGCUUAUUGGAGCUGUUCAAACAGCACGUGGACGAAAGGAGAUCGCGUUAUGAGGAAAGCAUCGAACAGGCGCUCGAUUCCGUCGGACAACAAGUUGAUCAAAUCGAAGGAGAACAAGAAAAACAAUUACAACUUCGAGCCUUAGUUUUCUCGACGAAAAUCAAGCAUCAAGAGCACAUGGAAAACAUUAAUACUAAACAUUUAUCAAAACUAGACGGGCUGAAAGAAGAAAACGACAACGUUCUUAGAAUGGCAUCGGCGAUUUUGAAACGACGCUUGCGCAACCAUUCGGCGGAACUCGCGGGCGUUUUACGCGACCACGAGGAAAACACAAAAGCCCGACGCAAGGAUUUUGAAGCUCUACGAGAAAAAGACGAGAAAGAUCGGAAAGUUAUCGCAGACAAUACACUUCGCAUCGAAAAGCUCUAUGAAACCUUGCAUGCCCUUAAAGGCAAGAUCACCGAGUACCGCCAUUAUUCUGACAAAGAAUUGGCAGAUUGUAAAUUUGAACGCGAUUAUUUUCGCUCGGCUUGGUUCGCUAUUCAAAGUCGACUUUUAUCAGAACAAAUGUCGGACAGAGAACAUUUAAAAUUUUUAAUCAAUGAAUACCAUAAAACUGAAGAAUAUUUGAAGAAGUAUAUUGUAACGCUUAAACCAAUUUUAGCAUCGGUAGAUUUAUGCAAAAAAUACGAAUCUUAUGAAGACAAAAUCUUACUGUAUCCUCUUUCAACUAUCACUGACUCUAUUUGCCCUCACAGUAGCCAAUCAUCGAUACAAUCAGACACGAUCCUACAACUUUUUGAGAAAAACCAUCCAUUGAAGAAAUUUUCAAGAAUUGUCUCAAAAGUAAACAGAGAUGCAAUAAAUUUAAAAAUCUCAAUAAAAAAGUUAAUUAAUGAGUCUGAUCACCUGAAAAGCUCUCUAAAAUUAUACAUGAACGAAGUUUCAAAGCCAUCUUCAAAACAUAAUUCUAAUUAUUAUUCAAAUGAACGAUGUCCUUCACUGGUAAUAAUAUAA